ACCAAAAAACGGGGAGAGCCGAUACAGUACAGGUUCUUGAAAGAUCAACAGGGACCUAUGAGUGUUUUUGUUAAAAGAAUCAGAAGAGAAGGAUUCUAGAGGGGCUGAUGAUGCUCCUGUUGCCUCUCAUCAUUGUAUUAAUGAUGAAGCUCAGCGAUGCUCGGACUCACUCUCUGAGAUAUUUUCGCCUGGGCGUCUCAGAGCCUGGCUAUGGGAUCCCUGAAUUUAUUUCAGCUGGGUAUGUGGAUUCUCAUCCCAUCACCAUGUACAACAGUGUCUCCCAGCUGAAGGAGCCACGUGCCCCGUGGAUGGCGGAGAACCUGGAACCUGAUCACUGGGAGAGGUACACACAGCUGCUGCGGGGCUGGCAGCAGGCGUUCAAGGUGGAACUGAAGCAGCUGCAGCAUCACUACAAUCACUCAGGGUUUAACACUUACCAGAGAAUGAUUGGCUGUGAGUUACUGGAUGAUGGAAGCACCACGGGAUUUCUCCAAUAUGCGUAUGAUGGACAGGAUUUCAUUAUCUUCAAUAAAGAUACCCUCUCCUGGAUAGCCAUGGAUAAUGUGGCUAACAUCAUCAGGCGGGCAUGGGAGGCCAAUCGGCAUGAGUUACAAUAUCAGAAGAAUUGGCUGGAAGAAGAAUGUAUUGCUUGGUUAAAGAGAUUCUUGGAGUAUGGGAAAGAUACCUUACAAAGGACAGAGCCCCCCAAAGUCCGAGUCAAUUACAAAGAAACUUUCCCAGGGAUUACAACUCUUUACUGCAGAGCUCAUGGCUUUUACCCCCCAGAAAUUUCCAUAAACUGGAUGAAAAACGGGGAAGAAAUUGUCCAAGACACAAAUUAUGGAGGCAUUCUUCCCAGUGGGGAUGGGACCUAUCAGACUUGGGUGUCUGUUGAGCUGGAUUCUCAGAAUGGUGACAUUUACUCCUGUCACGUGGAGCAUGGCGGCGUCCACAUGGUUCUUCCGGGUUUCCAGGAUUCGGAAACUAUGCUUCUGGUGAUGAAAGCUGUUGGGUUCAUUGUCCUCGCCAUUGCCCUGGCUGGAGUUGGCAUCCUAGCCUGGCGAAGGAGGCCCCGAGGGAAAAACAAAGUCAUCUACCUUUCUACACCAGAUCACUGAUGGGAGAUGGCUGUUUUCCAGCUGUCUCUUCUCUAGGAACCAUGGCCUCCUCUUUCCCAUAUGGACUCAAGUCUAGCACUCAAAGCUCUUGAUCACAGCUGCAAGAGACACAGAUGUUGCAGGACUAUGCAUUUGUAAUCUAUGUACAUUUGUACACAUGGCAGAAAAAUAGGAGCUACAAAAUGUUAUUUGUCCUUUGGCUCUAAAAAGACUGUCAGGUAUCAGGCUCUUUCGAUGGAAUCUUUUAGAAUGUGCAUACUAAGUUGCUUCAGUCGUGUCUGACUCUUUGCCAUCCUAUGGAUUAUAGCCUGCCUGGCUCCUCUGUGCAUGGGAUUCUCCAGGCAAGAACACUGGAGUGGGUUGCCCUGCCCUCCUCCAGGGGAUUUUCCCCACCCAGGGAUUGAACCCACCUCUCUUACAUCUCCUGCAUUGGCAGGCGGGUUCUUUACCACUAGUAUCCUUUAUCACAUUUCCUCUAAAUAUGGCUGCUCUUCUGACACAACGUUUCCUUACAUCCCAUUUGUCAACAGUGGUUUACAGGUAGAUUAGAGAACCUCAAGGCUGGGAGAAAUCUUUAAUCCAAGGCCAGAAAUGUUUUCUCCAGUGCCUUUGCCUUGAGCAUCUAGCCUCCGCUUGAAUUCCACCAAUGACGGGCACCUCACUAUAUCAUAAAAGGCUUUUCUCUUCUUUCAGGAAAGUGUUUACUAUUCAAAAGCUGUGGGUGCCAUGGCUGUGACCCUACAGACAGGUGGGACCAUUCCAUGAGAACAGUCAGCAAGUUUCUACAACAGCCUGUGAAUGGUGGGAUCAUUUUACACCUUUCCUGGCCUAAGAGGAAGCAGAAGUGCCCUGUUCUUAUGGCAGCUCUGCCUGGCAGCUGGGCAUCUUGGAAAUAUACCUUGUCAGAUCUGUCCUUCUGUCUUAUAUGGGAAAGUAAGAAAAAUAAUAAUCAGACAUUAUCACCAUCAGUGGAAAUACAGAAACAUGAACCCAACUGCCAUCUUUUAAUGUAAAAAUGAUAGUAUGUCUCAGAAGAGGGUUCAGUUCUAAUUUCUACCCUUCCUCUACAGGUUUAUUGUAGAUGGGCUCAACUCACCUUUAUAUACGUGCUUUUUCUCUAUACAUCUGCACUGGGAAUAAACAGAAAUCCCACUGUGAGAAUUAAGAUUCCCUUGAUCCUCCUUACUCUUUCCAGCCUCUUAAAAUCCUCACCAUCACUUACCCUCAUCCUGCCCCUGUGUAGCCACUGGUCCUCUGGUUGACCGCCAAUUCUAUAUUAUCUGUCCCACUUCACCAACUCUGUCUGACAGCACACCUCAGCUCUAAUACUUCGACAGACCCAGCUUUGACAGCUGACUUUAAAUGUGUACAUCAGACUUGACCUUUGCUCUUUCUUGACUGUGACAUUUACCCCCCGGCUUUAAUCAUCACAGUCGCAGGUACAGACAUUCUCAGUGUGCCAGGGCGAUUCCUUGCUCCACUGUCCCCACCUCCAUCCAUGGAUGAAGCUCCCACCCUGCGUCUCUUUCCUGGCACCAGCUGAGUUGCAUAAGAGCACAUUUGUGUUUGUUUAUUUUGCUUUCAGCGUUGCCAUGGGCGAUUUCCAUACCAUCUUUUAAGCAGUGUUGCACUGUGAAGAGAGCAGCUUUAUUUCUGGGAUGGUUUCUUCUUACAAUUAGAAUAGUUAGGGACUUAAUAUAUUUUUGAAUGGACACUUACAGUGAUUCAGGUGCUAUAUCUAUAUAAAUGUCUUGUCUCUCCAACUGCACGGUACUCUCAUCAAAGAUGUUAAUAGUCAAAGCCUUUUUGUGUUGCCAGAGCCUUGCCCUGCACUUAACAUGUAAUAAAAAUGUCUGUAUGGAUGAAGAGGAGAAGGCAGAGGCAAGGGCAAGGAUGUAGUGAGGAGACAUCCAGUAACGCACUAGCAGCAUCUCUGUUUCUCCCUUGGGGAUUUUAUAACAUAAAGAGAGUUAUAUAAAUGUAAUAUAAAGGGAUGAUUUUAUACCUUUGUUUUACAAGUGGCUCAAGAUUACAUUAUUUUUUUAUAAUGUUGGACUUCUUGCUUCAUUAGCUCAUGUUUGUUGAUUACAGAUGCUCAGCAACUGGAAUCUAUGAAAUAUUUGAUAAUCUAAUUAAACAUUAAAAACAAUUGUGCUAUCACCACAAUCA